AUUAUUCUCCCACCUACACAGAACUUAUUAGGUUAGUUGUACCUCUACCAAAGUUUUCCACUUAUAAUUCUGAAUACUCUUUUUGGGAAGAAAUAUUAGGAAAGGCAUCAUCAAAUUGUUUUAUAGAAGUUCAAACCACUGAUUUGUAUUCUAAUUGGUGUGGUGAAGCUUUAAUUACUUUUAAAUGGGAAUCAUUUGGCAAAUAUUAUUAUUGUUUUUCUUGUCAAAAAAUUUGUCUAUACUUAUCAACUAGUAUUGGAUGUCUAUUAUUAUUGCUUACAGAAAUACGUCAAUUCAUAUGGGAUUGGAAAUUAUAUGUAACUAGUCCAUGGAAUUUAUUUGAUAUUGGUGCCUUACUUUUUCCGGUUGUGACUUCUAUUUAUUGGUUAUCAAACGGUCCUCCACCUUUAUGGGCUCCUGCGCUCUCAUGCUUAUUUCUUUAUUUGAAAUUCUUAUUCUUUUUACGAGCUUUUGAAACUUAUAAUGUCGGUUUUUAUCUUGCUAUCAUGGCUGGUGUUGUCAGCAGAGUUUUUACAUAUUUGUUGAUUUUGGGAAUUAUCAUAAUUGGAUUUGCGCAUUCUUUCUAUAUAUUACUUCAAUCGACAAGUGAAAGCAGAAACAAUACUAAUAAUGCUAACACGAAUUUAUACUCUUAUUUUGAUACUUCACUUUUGGCCAUUUACUUAUUAAUGAUUGGCAAGUAUUUUGGAUUAUAUAUUAUUG